AUGGCUACGAAAAGCGCGGAAGUUGGCAGCAAGCGAAAGUCCGCUCCUGGCGGAAAGGUCAAGCCUGAAUACCAGGCUAAGAAGUUCAAGAUUGACAAGACCAAGUCCAAACGAGCGCUAGCUAAGGAACCUGAAGAUGGUUCGGAGGACUCUGAGGAUGGAGGUGUCGAUCUGAACGAAAAGAAAGAAUCCAAGCCUUCCGACGGAAAGACUUUUGAGCGAGGUCAAACCUCGCGCGAAUCCCAUGCGAAGCAGAAGCAGCUCGCCCAAGAGCGCAAGGCCGCGAAGCCUCUCGCUGACGAAGUUCAACGCACAAAGAAGCUGUGGGAGCGUCUGCGACGGAAAUCGCACGUCCCCAAGGAGGAGAGGCAGACACUGGUCGACGAGCUGUUCACCAUCAUCAAUGGGCGCAUUCGCGAUUUCGUUCUCAAGCACGACGCCGUGCGAGCUGUGCAGACCGCCAUCAAGUACGCGACACCCGAUCAGAAGAAGCAGAUUGCCCGAGAGCUCAAGGGCACAUACGCCCAACUUGCCGAGAGCCGAUAUGCCAAGUUCUUGAUCGGCAAGCUUCUGGUUCAGAACGACGAGGAGAUUCGCGACAUCAUUAUCCCCGAGUUUUACGGAAGAGUGCGCAAGUUGAUCAACCACUCCGAAGCGUCCUGGAUUCUCGAUGAUAUCUACCGAGGCGUUGCGACAAAGGAGCAGAAGGCCAUCCUCCUCCGCGAAUGGUACGGUCCAGAGUUUUCCCUGAAGGAGCUUACCAAGGACACGGAGCCCACGGCGGAUCUGAAGACCAUCAUCGAAUCCGAGCCCAGCAAGCGAGGCCCUAUCAUGAAGAGUCUGGUUGAAAUGAUCAACUCCCUGGUUCAGAAGAAGCUGACGGGCUUCACGAUGCUCCACGAUGCCAUGUUCCAGUACUUCUCCAACACCCAGCCCGGCACUGAGGAGUUCUCGGAGUUUAUCGAGAUGGUCAAGGGAGAUGAGGGUGGAGAUCUGCUCAAGAACAUGGCCUUUACUCGCAAUGGCGCCAAGCUCACAUGCUUGCUGCUUGCCUACGGAUCUUCAAAAGACCGAAAGCAAAUCCUCAAGACUUACAAGGACACCUACCUCCUCAUGUCGGGCGACCCCUUCGCUCACCUUGUUAUUCUGACGGCGUACGAUGUUGUUGACGACACCAAGCUCACGGCCAAGACCAUCUUCCCGGAGCUCCUGGGUGAGGGCGAGAACAUUGCCCAGAACGUCGUUGCCGCAGCCAACAACCCCUUUGCCCGAACAACCAUCCUGUAUCUGUUUGAGGGCCUGGCCAAGUCUCUGUUCCCUCCUAGUCAAUCAUUCGAUGUCGAGCUCCUCAAGGAGGUUCACGAGAUUCGCAAGACGACAAGUAAGAAGGAUGAGGACGCCCGACGCACCGAACUGAUUGCUGCUGUGUCGUCUCAGCUCGUCUCUGCUGUUGCAGAGGCUUCUUCAGAACUGACUGCGACCGCUUUUGGUUGCCAGUUCAUCACGGACGUGCUCCUCUUGGGCGUCGGUGACAAGAAGCAGGCUCUGGAGGCGAUCGCAGAAUCCGCCAGUGGAGAUCCCAGCCAAGAGCCGUCUGAAGAUGACUUGCAGCCUCAGGUCCACAUCUCUCGAACGCCUCACGGUGGUCGGAUGCUCAAGUCACUGAUUCAGGGCGGCAAGUAUGACAAGGCGGCCGGCAAGAUUAUCCCUGCCGACCCGCCCCUGGAGUUUUCCAACAUUCUCUACCCAAUCAUCAAGGAGUACAUCCUCGACUGGGCAACUGGUCCCAGCUCGUUUGUUGUCGUCGGUCUCCUCGAGGCCGGCGACUUUAGCGAGGCGGAUGCGCUCAAGAAGACUCUUAAGAAGAACAAGAAGGCCCUAGAGAAGGCGGCGACGGAGGAGACGGCGGAGCAAAAGGCGGCUCGCGAGGCACACGAAGCUGCGCCCAAGGGAGGCAAGAAGGGGAAGAAGAAGGGCGACAAGCCUGUCGGUAAUGCGGGUAGCAAGCUGUUGUUGGAGAAGCUGUAG